AUGCCAUCCUCAGAAGUCUCGAACAAGGUCUUCAAUGAGGUAACUGCCGGUGUGCUCCAAAUUUUGGCAAGAGCCUUGCAGUUGAGCGAAGGUCCCACUGGCCACCUGAACAUGGCCACAGAGAUGGCAAACAUCAUGACUCUGGCAUUUCAAACUCAUGCACGGUUGGUGACUGAAAUUCCGCUGAUCUUGCUUUCGGCAGCCAUGGAAUUAAUGGAGCAUGUAGAUCGUGUUGGUCAGACAUUGUUUCUUAGUGUCCCGGUGUGGAACAACAUCAAGUCUAACAACUCUCACAUCGAGCGCCAUCAGUUAUAUGGCAAGGCUCACAAGGUAAUUACUGCCUCGGCGCCAGCACCGAUGUCGCAACCUCCAGAUACACCACUGGUCGAGGCGACCACAAAUACACCGGCGGUCCCAUCAGUGGCAGCAAAGUCCGAGCCACUUGGAAGAUCUGUCACGAGGAAGAUGCCGAUAGACUUGUGUCAGGACAGUGACGAAGUCGAAAUCGUUGGGGAUAUCACCCAAAGUGAUGCUCUCCACAAGAGGAAGCGGAGCUCUACUGGUGGAUCUGCAGAGGUCACUGUUUGCUCUGAAGACAAGGUCAUCGUGCCGGCGAUUGUGGACAAAGCUGAGGAUGUCGCUCCGGGCGAUACAAAUACAAUGCCGACUAGACCAAGGCCAAAGCCGAAAAGCAAGCGGGUGGAGAUAGUAGUCUCAUCUGGGUCUGAGGUCCCAAUGGAUAGAAAAGGGAAGGGAAGGGAAGUUAUGUUGCUGUCAGAGACACGCCGGCGGGACCAUGAGCAGAAGAAGUCUAGAGAUGUGAGUUCUGGCAAGCCGCCGAAAAAGGCCUCUGACCAUCCUCCGCUGAUGCAAAACGCUGGUGAUCAAUGGAAACCAUGGUAUGAGGUCCAGAAAAGGUUCAGCACUAGGACUGCUGCACGCGACCGGCAAAAAAGUGAAGCUAUGUUGCUGGAACAAAAGGCAUCGGUCGCCCCUGAGCCUGUGGGUACCAUGAGCACGGCGAUGCAGACUGAUGUCAAUGCUGUAAGCUCCCAAAAUGCCUUGAGUCUUCCUCCUUCUUAUUCGGUAAAGAACACUCCCAUCGCCGCAAUUCCACUCACGCUGCCUCCUCAUCCAACUCAAUCGCUGAAGACAUGGAAAUUGACAUGCCCGGUGACAAGGUUGCAAGGGAUUUUGGCGGUUCAGGACACCAUCAAUAACCUUCAGACUCAGGUGGCUGACAUCCGAACUCAGAAUGCCAAGAUGGCCGAGUUGGUUCAAAUCAUGAACGCCCGCCUUGCUGCUCAGGAUACUGACAUCCGAGCUAUGGAGAAAAUGCGUGCCGAGGUCGCCGGAUUGCAAGAGGAGGUGAAGGCCUUGCAUGCCGAAUCUCAGACUCGUGAGGCUCAGAUCCGGAGCGCCGAUGCAGUGUUGACUGCACAAGGACAUCAUACUGCCGUCCUGAUGGAUGCCUAUGAGUCCAUCUGGCAAUGUGUUGUCCCCAACCCACCCGUUCCUCAUUUUAAUAAUGCUGUGUUAUUCCCUCCUGCCGGUCAUCCAGUCCCAUACAGUCAAGGCAUGAGCGCCGGGCAGGCCCAGGCAAUGGAAUGGCUUUAUUUCAAUUUCACCCCAGGUCCGUCCACCAUCGCAGGUACUUCCAUUCCAAGUAUCUCCGCCGCACACGCCGGACCCUCAGGUUCCCAGAUCACCCGUCCCUCCGGUGAAUCGGCAUCUGGGAAGGGUCCCGCCACCUAA